UAUGAUAAAUCUUCUUUUUUUGAAAUUUUGGAUUUAAUUUUGCUUGUGGAUAAGUAUCUUACAUAAUUACCUUUAAUCAAGACGUUGAAUGUUGUCCCACGCAAUUGCGAUUUUACAGAGAGAGAGAGAGAGAGAGAGAGAGAGAGAGAGAGAUCUGAGGAUUUGGUGUUUUGAAUUUGUUGGGUUUAUGGAGUUUUGAUUCUAAUUUGGAGGCUUGAAAUUUUUGUUGGGAAAUACUAUUUUUAACUCUAAUGAUACCUCUCGUUUAUUAGAAAUGACAAGGCUAUAGAAUUCAAAUUGCGUGAAUCCGCAUUAGAAAACUCCUUUUGCCCUUUUCUAUUUGGCAUGUUUUACCAAUGGAAAUGGACCAUGAGAAUUACUUUUCCAUUUGUGUCUGCGGCUUUAAGGAUACUCUUUUAUGGACAGUUUGGGCUUAUUACUCAUAUUUAAGGUCUCCAAGUUUAAAUGUAGAGUGCUGUACUGUUGAUUGUGUGCAGGACGAUUUGGCUUUUGAUUGGGGUAAUAAUCGGGAGAUGGCAACUGGGUUUGGGGAAUCAACAAGCAGGCAAACCCAAAACCCCCAAUUUUCUAGCAACAACGGUAAUGGUGAUGCUGGUAAUUUUGAAUGCAAUAUUUGCUUUGACUUAGCUCAGGAUCCUAUCGUAACUUUGUGUGGCCAUCUUUUCUGUUGGCCUUGUCUUUAUAAAUGGCUCCACUUUCAUUCACAAUCCAAGGAAUGCCCAGUUUGUAAGGCUCUGGUGGAGGAGGAGAAGUUGGUUCCCCUGUAUGGUAGAGGUAAAACGUCGACUGAUCCCAGAUCAAAGUCCAUUCCUGGUGUUAAUAUUCCUAACCGCCCGGCUGGGCAGAGGCCUGAAACAGCCCCUCCACCAGGACCAAAUGACUUUGCCCAACAUGGAUUUGGAUUUAUGGGAGGGUUGGGAGGAUUUGCACCAAUGGCAACAGCUAGAUUUGGGAAUUUUACAUUGUCUGCAGCUUUUGGUGGUCUCAUCCCUUCACUUUUUAACCUUCAAUUGCAUGGGUUUCCUGAUGCUGCCAUGUAUGGUGCAGCUGCUGGCUUUCCUUAUGGGUUCUCUAAUUCAUUUCAUGGCGGCCAUGCACAUGGAUAUCCUCAGCACCAAGUGCAAGGACAGCAAGAUUAUUAUCUGAAAAGGCUACUUUUGUUAAUUGGUUUUUGUGUUCUUCUUGCUCUCAUUUGGCAAUAGACUAAAUCUGUUUUCACAAAUGGAUAUUUAGGGCUUAUAAUCUCAUGUCAUUGUAAAUCUGUUAGUGCAUUUUUCUUUUCUUGUUAUUGAGGAAAUUGUCCAUAGCUACACUGUCAGAACUCUUGUAGGUUCUCCUUGUUUUUCAUCAGCUAUUUGGAAUGUGAUUUGCAUUUUUUUUUCUUGUCA